AAUUGAGCCGAGGACCUUUUGGAAACACUCUCUCUACCAUGGGUAGUGAUAAGAUCUGGUGUAUACUCUACCCUCCCCAGACCCCACUUGUGGAAUUUCAUUGGGUAUGUUGUUGUUGUCAUCAUUAUAAAUGUUCAUCAAAAGAGUGGGACAUGCAUUGAUGUUUUUCUCAGAUGUGUGUAUCACAUGUUGAGCCCAGAACUGUGACAUCAUUAUAGGAGAAUGCAUGUUGAUAAUAAGGAAGUAUCAGACAAGUAUUUUAUUCCACAAUAAGCAAUAAACUCAUUUUUCACAUCUUGUUCCUAUGGCUACUACCAACUCAUCAGACAAUGAAGUGAUUGUGUCCAUAGUGCCAUUUCCUGAUUACAGCCAUCUCAAUAACCUCUUCGAUCUUGCACGCUUCAUUGCGUCCCAUAAUAUACCAGUAUACUUCCUCUCCGUUGCUGAUAUGAACCAAGAUUUGAAACUCCGCGUCCAUGGUGGUCUCAGAGCCUCAAACAUCCAUUUCGAGGACCUCUUAGUAAAAGAUGAUGAUCCAGCUGGUCGAGAUCCGAUUCUAAUGUUUCUUAAAAAACUCAGGGAGCCCGUUCUUAAAACAUGCCUUGAACUCACCACCAAUGCAAAGAGGUUAGUCGUAAUUCAUGACAAUAUAAUGACCGAACAUAUAUGGGAAGUCAAUACAUUCCCAAACGUCAUGUCGUAUAUCUUCCAUGUCGGGUCGGCUUUUAACAGAUAUUAUUUGCUCCAACAAAGUAUUCCUGACAUAGUUGAUGAUGAUCAUGUCAAACUGGUCGAGCAAAUGCACGAUGAGCUUCUAUUGCUGGAGCCGCAUGUGAAAUUGAUGGUUAGAAUGGAACAUGAGUUGGAGUUCCACUCGGGAGAAGUCAUAAACUCGUGCAAAGAAGUGGAAGGUAAGUACACAGAUUUACUUGCCAAAGAAAAACGCAAGCCGUCUUGGGUUUUUGGUCCAUUUCAUAUGUUGGUAGAAUCACACAACUCUAUCUCUUCUUCAUCUAGCAACAUGACUCGUCAUGAAUGCCUGGAGUUUCUCGACAAGCAAGAUGCUAGCUCAGUAAUAUUUGUCUCGUUUGGAUCGACCACUACAUUAUCACAAGAGCAGGUCAAUGAGCUCGCUCUGGGUUUAGAACAAAGCAACCAUAGAUUUAUUUGGGUACUAAGAAAAGGAUCUAACGAUAAGGAGAAACUCAGAGAGAAGGACGGAAAGAUUGAACUACCGGAAGGGUUUGAAAAGAGAGUGGAAGGAAGAGGAAUGUUGAUAAAUUGGGCGCCACAGUUGGAAAUCUUGAGGCAUUCAUCUACGGGUGGUUUUUUGAGUCACUGUGGGUGGAGUUCUUGUAUCGAGAGCAUUAGCAUGGGAGUACCUCUAGCAACUUGGCCAAUCAAUUACGAUCAGCCUUCUAACGCUGUAUAUGUAACUAAUGUCCUUAAGAUUGGAAUAUCUGUCAAGAGUUGGGCUCACCGUGAGGAAUUGGUAACAGCAUCAACCAUUGAGAAAGCUGUGAAGACGUUGAUGGGCACGACAGAAGGGGAAGAGAUGAGGCAAAGGGCAGUGGAAUUGAGCAAAAAGAUCAAGAGCUCUGUCAGCGAUGGAGGACCUGCACGCAAGGAAAUGGAAUCUUUCAUUUCAAUUAUUAUCAAAUAACUUCCUGUUUGUGCGUGUGUGAUUGUAUGAUGGUUGUGGGGGGUGGGGGGUGGGGGGUGGUCUGUCUCCUAUGAUAUAGUAUCCUUAAAAUCAGUGAAGGUAGGUUGAAUGUCCUUCCGAUUUGUUGUCUCUAAGUUCUAUUUCUCCUCCCUUGGAAUAAACUUGAUAGCAAAAGCCAGAAGUCAUAUAUAGAUAAUAAGAGUGUAUCAGAUAUGUUCAAUCUUCAUAUCCUUAUAGUGAAAUUGAAGUGUUUUAAGAA